AUGUUGUCAAUUUUUCGAAAUACAUCUUUUUACGAUUCCCUUCCAUCCUUCGAGGAGCAGUGCCGUCAAGCUCUAAGUGAUGAAGUUUUAACAAAACUGGUUGCUGACAACCGCUCACCUCGUAAAACUGAAUUGUCAUCUAUCUUAAAGGGCGAAGAAGAGGUUGGAAAUGAAAGCAGAAACGACGUUGACGAAUAUUUAUUACAUCAACAUCUCCGACAUGAAAUUGCAAUGUUAUUAUUGCGCGAAGUACAAGAGCAGUGGAAAAAGAAGCUAACAAGCUCUUUGAAUACGUCACAAGUGAAGUGGGUGGUGAAAGUCUCAUGUAGUGGACAGUACCCGAAAGAAAUUGCUGAACGUGCUGAUCAGGAGCUUAGCAAGUUGGGUUCAGAACAAGCAGCGGAAGUUCGCUUCUGUUACUUGUCGGAGACUCUUCUUGCUGGAGCCACGAGCAUACAGCCUGUCCAAAGCUUUGAGAAGAAACCGCUUCUUGGCAUUUUCUCGACGUUUUACGAAGCAGUAUUAUCAAAUGAAAAAGUGCGACUUCCUUGGAUAGAGAAUCAUCUCGUUAUUCUGGGAGAUGUUCUAGACAAGUGUGCUUCUAUCGAUGCUUCCUCUGAGCGCACAUCUCUUACUCCGGCUUUCGUGCAAGUGUUGUCUAAUAUGCUCCAAAAAGACCCCAACUCUGAUCUGUCGAAACAACUGUGCUCGCUGCUAGCCGGUCGUUUACUCUUCCUACCUUCGUGGCUGCGUUGCGCACAGGCACCGAGUGGUCUUAUCCUGAGCUUUGCUCCCAUUUUGCAACAUCUGAAAGACUAUGUUGAUGCGGAGGUAAUGCAUUGCGCAAUGCGUGAUAGUGUCGGAACGAUCUUGCGACCCUCUCUUAUCGACGACUUGCAUGACUUUUAUGCCAUUGCCGUGCAGUCAACGGAUCGUUUGGCGCAGACUGCUCUUACCUGGACUGGAAAGCAAUCAGUUGAAAGACGCGAUCGUUUGCACAGCCUUGUUCCAUUGGCUCGACGAGAGGACAUAUUUCACAAAGCUUUGAUGAUUGUUUGCAACUAUGCUGAUGCCGAAACGCAUAUCGAGGCGAUUUCAUCAUCCAUGUAG